ACGCUGCUUUUUUUCUGUCUCGGUUGUGCAAUUUUUAUAUUGUGUUUUUUCUCUCGUCGUUAAAAGUAUAAAAUGGAAACAAUCAUUUUAGAUAGUCCCCAAAGGGCUACACCUUUGCCGCAGCGACAGCCAAGGGUAAACAAUCCGGCCAAUAAAGUUAUUGGCAAGCACACUGCGCCCAAGCAAAAUAGUGGCUCCGAUGGCAGUCCAGCCGAAAAGAAGACACGAUUCGGUGGCCCAAACAACCAGAAUGGCGGUCCGGCCGGUGGUGGUGGCGCUGGCCAGAAUCAGAACAAGAAUUUCGGAAACAAGGGUGGAUUCGGCGGCAAUAAUCGCAAUCGCCGUGGAGGAAACCAAAAUAGACAAAAUGUGCAGGGUCCAAAUAACGCAAAUGUAAGUGAAAAACUGAUCAGAAUAUCCCCUCCCCCCUAUCUCUUCAAAAGUCUACUACUAAUGAAGCAGUCAAGCCGGACGCCGCAAAUGUCGCUGAGAAAGUUAAUGAACCGGUGGCUGCAAAUCAGCAGCCAGCUCCCAAUGCAUAACCAAGGUCCAGGGCAUGGUCAAGGACAAGGGCAAGGUGGUUUCCGCGGUGGUCCUCGCGGCGGUGGCCACAACCAACAAGGAGGUGGUGGCGGCGGCAAUCAUCCAGGAGUCGGUAACAUUCAGCCAGGAGGUGGUGGCAGUGGCAAUCAUCCAGGAGUCGGUAACAUUCAUCCAGGCGGUGGUAACAUUCAUCCAGGCGGUGGUAGCAAUCAUCCAGGUGUUGGUGGCAGUCACCAGGGAGGCGGCGGAGGAGGUGGACGUGGACAGCAGCAGCAGCAGCGUGAUCGCGGUAAUCGCGGCGGCGGCGGUCAACGUUCUGGCGGGGGCCAAGGUGGACCCAACAUGAGCAUGAUGGGCGGUGGCGGUCCACGCGGUGGUGGCGGCGGCGGCGGGGAUGAUUUCUUUAUUGGCCAACGUCUGCGGGCCAUUACUGGGCCCACACUGGAACUGCCACCCGUGGAGUUGCCCGAGGAGACCAAAUUCUCUGGCCGUAACCGUCUGUAUGUGGGCAAUCUCACCGCCGACAUAACCGACAAUGAGCUGCGCGAAAUGUUUAAGCCUUUCGGCGAGAUUGGCGAAAUAUUCUCCAACAUUGAGAAGAACUUCACCUUCCUUAAGGUCGACUAUCAUGUGAAUGCCGAGAAGGCCAAGCGCGCCUUGGACGGUUCCAUGCGCAAAGGGCGCCAGCUACGCGUCCGUUUUGCACCCAAUGCAACCAUCUUGCGCGUGAGCAACCUCACGCCGUUCGUUUCCAACGAGUUGCUGUACAAAUCUUUCGAGAUAUUCGGCCCCCUCGAACGGGCCAGCAUAACCGUCGACGAUCGCGGCAAGCAUUUGGGCGAGGGUAUCGUUGAGUUUGCUAAGAAGUCUUCGGCCAGUGCCUGUCUGCGUUUGUGCAAUGAGAAGUGCUUCUUUUUGACGGCCUCACUGCGCCCCUGCCUGGUGGAGCCCAUGGAUGUGAAUGACGACAACGAUGGCCUGCCCGAGAAGGCUCUCAACAAGAAGCUGCAGGACUUCAACCAGGAGCGCAGCGUUGGUCCGCGCUUUGCAGAUCUUAAUUCGUUUGAGCACGAGUACGGCUCCCGCUGGAAGCAGCUGCACGAUCUCUACAAGAGCAAGCAGGACGCCCUUAAGCGUGAGCUCAAAAUGGAAGAAGACAAGCUGGAUGCUCAGAUGGAGUACGCUCGCUAUGAGAAAGAGACUGAGCUCCUGCGUCAAGAGCUGAGAAAGCGCGAAGUGGACAAUGAACGCAAGAAGAUGGAACGGGAAAUGCGCGAGAAGCAGGCUGAGGAAAUGCGCCAGCGUGAGGAGGAGACUAUGCGUCGCCAUCAGACCGAUAUGCAGUCACGCAUGGUGCGUCAGGAGGAGGAUAUGCGUCGUCGCCAGCAGGAGAACACAUUGUUCAUACAGGCACAGCAGCUGAAUUCGCUGCUCGAUCAGCAGGAGGGCUUCGGCGGCAAUGACUCUGGCUUUGACAAUUUUGGAGGCAAUAGCAAUUCUCCGUUUGAAGUGUUUAGAGGAAACAAUAACAAUUCAACCAUGACUGGAAAUAACUCCGGACCCAACAACCAGGAAUCCUUCGGUUUUGAAUUUGGAGCUAACAAUAUGAACCAAGGAGGCAAUCAGCGUGGAAAUAACGGCGGAGGAAAUAAUGUCCCAUGGGGACGUCGUCGUUUUUAAGACAAAAACACUACUGGAUUAAUCAUGUAAACAUAUACACACACAAAAAUCGGAUGAUAGAUUUAAACAAUUGACUUUUUCACUCACUUCGCGAGUGAAAUAAAUGAAACAUGAAAA